AUGGGCUAUAUUGCAAGGUUGUUUUAUGCAAUCGUAUUGUACUUUUUAUGCGCCGGCACUAUUUAUUUAUUUUGCAACGAUUUCUUCUUCGCAAAUACGCACAUACGCCCAUACGGUACUAGUAUGUACGAUUGGAACUCGCGCAACCCACCAUACUGGGCAUGGAGAGUUGCGAGGGAAAAAAGCACCAACGCUGCCAGCUGUGAAGAUAGGACAGUUGUGUUCGAGGAAUCCUGGUAUGCUGGGGUGCUACAGUUUGAGGUAUCUCAACAUGCCACCGUUUCCGCUGCUCCCCUUUCCUUGGAGACCAGCCAAUCCAGCGCUAAACUACGGAUCUGUACCCAGGACAUCAGAGAGUAUGUCCCACGUUGGCUGAUCCGGCGGCAACGGGUUGUUCACACAUCCGUCCGAUCGCCAUCGCAUUCAACCGAGUGA